AAUCCAAUCUCGUUCUCUAGGCUUGCCUUCUAGUGUCCUCCAUCAGCGGGCAGUUGCUGCGUGACCUGCGUUGAAGCACAGGAAGCACCGAAGCUGCGAAGCACACUAGUUUUCCAUCUAUCUCGUCCGCAGUCCGCAAUUCCGCCGUGAAGCACAGCCGCACAACAAGCCGUUCUCUUCAAUCUUCUCUCUCGGACGGUCACUAAUGUUGGGGAUCCUAAUUCUGUGUACAAAGUUACAUUAAACACGUAGUGGGAGUCUGGUGACAGUGCAGGCUGAUAAGCUUGUUUUUGGGAGGAGUGGGCAGAAAUUGAGCUUCCUUAUUAGAUUGGAAACCAUGGCAGUGAAGCUCUCUCAUGGGAGCUCAAGCUUGAAGAGUGGUUCUAUAGUUUGGUCAUAUGGGAAUUACACUGUCACUAGUCGUAUAGUGACCUUUUGGAGUAUUUUGGUAAGGAGCAGUUUAAUCAAAAGCAAAGCUUUGUAACAUAUCUUCAGCUGAAAUGGUGGGUUCUAUUGUGAUUUUAUCAUUCUUAGUAAGGAUGAAUGGGAGAUAUCAAGAAGGCAAAGAAAGAAAUUAAUCUGCUGUGGUGCAGGAAAAAAAAAAGUCAAAAUAGCAAGAAAACUACUAAUAUAUGGGCAUGUGUUCAUCUUUCAACUCAAGAAUUUGGUCUUUCCUGGGAUCACUCAAGAGGAAACCCAAAAUGAUGGAAUAAGUUGGCAUCUUUGAUUCUUUGUGGUUAUUUUCUUGCUGCUGAAUAUUGCUGGUGAUUUUCUGGAUAUGGAGGCUGCAGUUUCAGUGUGAUAUAUAAGCCAUUUCCAAUCCAAUUCUGGGGAAAAAUGGUACAACCUGCAGGGAAUUAAGCCACAUUAGUAUAAUUGCAGUUUGCUCUAGAUACAAAUUGGGUGUUUCUACAGCUAUGAGUGUGAGAUGGCCAAGGUUUCUAACACCAACACAUCUCUCUCAGAUCAUAAGAAACCAAAGAAAUCCAUUAACAGCUCUGCAGAUUUUUAAGGAAGCAAAAGUUAAAUACCCCAACUAUGGUCACAAUGGUCCAGUGUAUGCCACCAUGAUUGGAAUCCUUAGCAGCUCAGGUCGAAUCACUGAGAUGAAGGAGGUCAUUGAUCAGAUGCAAGAGGAUUCCUGUGAGUGCAAGGAUUCAGUCUUUGCAACUGCAAUCAAUACCUAUGCAAAAGCGGGCUUUCUAAAUGAAGCCAUCUCUCUCUUCAAGAGCAUUCCAAAGUUCAAUUGUGUAAAUUGGACUGAAUCUUUUAAUACCCUUUUGCAAAUAAUGGUGAAAGAAUCUAUGUUUCAAUCAGCUCACAGUCUUUUCCUGGAUAACUCAUAUGGGUGGGAAGUGAAGUCUAGGGUUUGCUCCUUGAACUUGCUUAUGGAUGUUCUUUGUCAACAUAACCGCUCUGACCUUGCGUUGCAAGUCUUCCAAGAGAUGACUUAUCAGGGUUGCCACCCUGAUAGGGAUAGUUAUGAAAUUCUCAUGAGGGGUUUGUGUAAAGAUAGAAGGCUGAAUGAGGCUAUCCAUUUAUUAUAUUCAAUGUUUUGGAGGAUUUCUCAAAAGGGAAGCGGUGAGGAUAUUGUGAUAUAUAGAAUCCUUUUGGAUGCUUUAUGUGAUAAUGGACAGGUUGAGCAAGCUUUAGAAAUUCUCAACAAGAUCUUAAAGAAGGGGUUGAAGGCACCAAAACUAUGUUGCCACGGCCGUGAUCUGUAUCAAUGCAAUAGUGGUGAUGAUAUAGAAGCCACUAAGCUUUUAAUUAAUGAAGCUUUAAUUAGAGGUGUGAUUCCUAGUCUGGGUAGCUAUACUGCCAUGGCUGUUGAACUUUACGGUGAAGGUAGGAUUAGUCUAGCUGAUAAAGUGCUUGAUGAAACACAGGAUAGAGGCUUUAGGCCGUCACUUUUAACUUAUGAAGCAAAGGUAUCAGCAUUGUGUAGAGAAGGUAGAGUUCAUGAAGCAGUUAAAGUAAUUGAGGUGGAGAUGAUGAAGGAAAAUUGUGUUCCAAAUGUAAGAUUGUAUAAUAUCUUACUGAAAGGCUUGUGUGAUGCAGGGAAUUCAGCAGCCGCUGUUGGGUAUUUGAAAAAGAUGGCUAAGCAAGUGGGUUGUGUUGCCAAUGAGGAGACCUAUUGCAUUUUAGUGCAUGGGCUAUGUCGAGAUGGUAGAUUUGUUGAAGGAAGUAGGAUUUUGGAGGAGAUGUUAAUUAAAUCAUAUCGGCCUCCCAUUGAUGCUCACAACGUGCUUAUACGAGGCCUUUGCUCCAUGGGCAGGCUAUAUGAAGCUAUUGUGUGGCUAGAGGAUAUGAUUAGCCUGGGUAGGUCACCAGAACCUUCUGUAUGGAACUCCCUGGUAGCUUCUGCAUGUUGCAACAUGGCUAACAUUGAUGUUCACAUUGAAGCGGCUUUGUAGUUCAUAGUUUAUAUUGGAGCAGCUGUUCAUGUGAAGUUCGCUCUGCUAAAUAACGGUUUUCUUCAAGUAUACAAUUGCCUAAUGAAUUCAUGGCUUUGAUUGUGAUUCAUAAUUUACUUGAAUCUCUGUACAGCUAAUGGCAAAAGCAUCUUAAAAAUGUUUAUUGUUAUUUAGUUAAUUUUUGUAACAAUAAUUAAUGUAUAUUCCUAUCUUUCAAAAAAAAAAAUUUGUGUAUGAUCCGAACUGUGAAAGUGUAAAUUUCCCGAUCAGCGGAUGGCAAAUCUGUUUAUAUUAUGGAGCCUACAAAAAUUUGUAUCUUGUCAA